AUGGCCCAGUGCCCCAGGGUGGGGCUGGAGUUGGACGUGGUCCUACAUCCCCAGCCCGACUUCUGCCUGGCUGGCAGCCUCCUGGGCUUGAUAAGUUUGUCCUUGCUCAUCUCUGCUGCAGCUGGGAGGGACUGCAGCUUUGGCCUCAGCCGCGAAGCCCUCAUCUCCCUCGUUGUGCUGGCAGGUGUCAGUGCCAGCUGCUUCUGUGCCCUGGUCACAGUGGCCAUUGGUGUCUUGCGAGCCAAGGGUGAGACCUGCCCCAGACACAUGGAUAGCAGGCUGGUGGAGCACGACGGGGCCCAGGAGGACUGCAUGGACCUGCACUUGGUUCACAUGGAGUCCCGCCUCAGCCUGGAGGUCCCCGUGGAGGGUGCCCUAGAGGAGCCCUGCCCAGCCUCUCCUCCACCCUCGUCCCCUACUCUGUAGAGCAGAGUAGCGGGU